AACAUGCCUGGGGGGAGGGAGAGGGGGGGAUGUGAAACAAGAACGGGUUGGAGGAGGCGGGGGAGGCGGGGGAGGCGGGGGAGGCGGGGGAGGCGGGGGAGGCCGGGGAGGCGGGGGAGGUGGGGGAGGCGGGGGAGGCGGGGGAGGCGGGGGAGACGGGGAGGCGGGGGAGGUGGGGGAGGCGGGGGAGGCGGGGGAGACGGGGGAGGCAGGGGAGGCGGGGGAGGCAGGGGUUUCGGAGGACAUCUCAAGCGGUAGGGAACUCCUGGGGCCAGCCUU